AUGCGCUUCACCCCGGUCGUCGCCCUCCUCCCAGCGCUCGCUGUGGCUCAGGAGCAGGUUCCCCUUGCGGACCGUGUCCAGGGCUGGUUCAACAAGGCCAAGUCCUACUUGCCUACUGCCACCCCGGUCGCCCCCGCCGCUGCCGUUGUUGAGAAGGUCGUCGAGAAGACCAAGAUCCAGGAGAAGACCGUCUCCGAGUUCAACUUGACCAACUGGCAGUCCUACCUGGAGCCCGCUUCGGAGCCCCAGGACUGGUUGGUCUACAUCACCGGAGGAAACAAGACUUGCUUCGGUCGCUGUGACAAGGCAGACAAAGCGUUCAAUGAAUCCGUGCUUUUGUUCUCCGCCGAUCCCACCUCUCCUAACCUCGGUAAGCUGGACUGCGAAGAGAACAAGGUUCUUUGCUCUGCUUGGGGUGCCGGUGCUCCUUCGGUCUGGUUCCUCCAGGUGCCCCAGGCCCAGCUUGGUGAGGAGCGCCCCAACACUCCCCUCCAUACUGUCUACCUGAACUCGACCACCGUGACCCCGGAGACCAUCUACAAGGUCCACUCUGAGAAGGUCUGGGAGAAGGCCCCUGCCUACGACGGUCCUCUUCACCCCACGGACGGCUGGCUCGCUCAGAACAACCUUCUGCUCCCUCUUGGAUAUGUCAUCUACGGCUUCAGUGCCAUCCCCAGCUGGCUUUUCAUGAUCGGCAUCAGCUUCUUCAGCCGAGCCGUCGCCUUGGAAACGUCGGCGGCGCGCCCGCUCCUCAGAACAAUCAAUCCCAAAAUGUCCGACCUCGACCGCACCACCCCCUCCACAGCCGCCUACGUGGUCGCGACCGCCAUCCUCGCCGGUAUAACCGGCUACUUCAUCGGCCAAGGCAGCAGCCUCGGUCUCUUCAGCAACAAAGAAAAAGAAGGCUGGCCGAACAGCUACAACGUGAAACCGCACCUGGACUCGUCGGACGAAGACUACGAAUCCGAAGAAGAAGAGGACAGUGAAGAAGAAGGCGACGGCACGGAGCUCGCCAACUUCGAUAGCUCCAAUGAAGAAGUGAAGUUGGUGCUUGUCGUGAGGACGGAUUUGGGUAUGACGAAGGGCAAAAUCGCCGCCCAAUGCUCGCACGCUACCCUCGCAUGCUACAAGUACCUGACAGCGUACACGCCGAACAGCGGCAUCCUGCGCCGGUGGGAAUCACAAGGUCAGGCGAAGAUCGCGCUGCAGGUCAAGUCGGAGGAGGAGAUGGAGGAGAUGCAGGCUAAGGCGAUCAGUCUGGGACUUUGCGCCAGGGUGAUUACGGAUGCUGGACGGACGCAGAUUGCGAGUGGGAGCCGCACGGUGUUGGGAGUUUUGGGUCCCAAGAGUGUGGUGGAUUCGGUGACGGGGCAUUUGAAGUUGUUGUAA